AGGAAAAGCACCAAACUGGGCGGAAAAAAAAAAUCCCCCAGAAAUAAUAAGAAUAAUAAUAUUUCAGAAAAUGUCCGACGAGUGCCAACCCCUCCUCGACAACCGCCAAUCUUCCACUUCUUUGGUUCAGGGCAAUACAUCCACCGGUGGCGGCGGAGGAGACACAUCCUCUAACGACGAACUUCAACAGCAGCAACAACAGCAUCAGAAAUCCGCGCACCAUCACCAUCAGCAGCACCAGCGGACACACAAGAAGCAAUUUGUUGUCGGAGGUGCACACUCUCGUCAUCAUACGCGGGUCCCAUCGCAUGGGCGGAAUUUAAAUAAGCUUGGGAAGUUGACGCCGCUGGGGACAUCGCCUGUGAAAGGUGCUGGAAGUGAGAAGGUGAAGGGUGGUGGAAAGAAGUUGACGUUUGAGGUUGGCGAAGGUGGUGGUGAGGGGGGUUAUAAGGUCGAGGAGGGACAAGAACUGAUAGAGGGAGAAGAGGAAGGGGUUGAGGUUGUACCAGACGGGAGCGCAAGUGGUGGCGGUGGUGGUGCUUCUGGAGGCGGCGCUUCGGCGUCCAAGGGACUGGCCAAGUCGCCCAGUGCUAAAUCUCUCGAUCCCCAACUACGAGAGGGGGUGCGUCGGAAGUCGCAUCCCACAAGUCGAAGAGCAAGUGCCCGUGAGGAUAACAACAAGAAUAGCAAGAGGGAUAGAUCGCGGUCGAAAUCCAGAGAGGGCGGGAUGAAUAAGAAGAUUACGGCUUCGUCUGGACAGGCUUCUGCCGUCGAGAUGAGUUCUGGACGCGGUGCUGGUGGGGGAGGUGGCGAUGCACCGUUGACGACAACCGCAUCAUCAUCAUCACAGCCAUUACAACGGAAGCAACAUCAACAGCAUACAUCCCAGCUUACACCAGCACAAUCGAAAUCACAAUCACAAAGUCAACUUCAGAAUGGCAGGAAUGGCAAUACUCAACUUCAUACCGCAAAGGAACUGCACACCCACCUCCUCCUCCCGCACACAAAACCCCCCAGCGCAAUAAUCCCCCCACAAGUGAACCACGAGUCAAUCUCCAUGCAUACCAAAAUCCACCAUACCCCUCCUCCGCCAAACGCACCAAUAACCCCCACCCACUCGCUUCCCAACUCUCAUGACCAGCCAUUAACCUCUCGCUUCAUAGACUUUUCAAAUUCACAAGGCGGAACCUCAACCUCCAUCUCCCCAUCUUCCGGCGGCGGCGCCCGUCGCAGCAGGGGUACCGGGGGAAGAGACGGAGCUCCCCCGUCCACCGCAACCUCAUUCUCAACCCCAAAUCCCAACAACUCUUCGUCUACCCCGAAAUCACCAACACACCCUCCAUCGACCACUCCCACCAUUACCCCUGCUACCAUCGCAGCCAAACCUUCCAGAACCCAACAAAAGCUUUGGCUCCAACGCCAAUCCUCCCAGUAUGAACCCCCCAUGGCGAUCCCUCCUCACGCAUACCUCUCCCAAACCCACCAAAACCCACCAACCCAUUCCCAGUCCCACCACCACCAUACCUACCACCCUGCCUCCUCUUCUCACCACCACUCCCCCUCCGUACCCCUCUCCAUCUCACUCUCCCGCGCAACCCACCCGGCCCGCCUCACGAAGGAAUUCGAACACGUGAACCGCGAGUACCUCAACACCCGCCGCUUCAUGAACCCGAUCCUGGAUUCCCUGGAGAGAGCAGCCAUUGGCCGCAACCCCGACCGGCGAAUCCCCAAAAGGGGCCAUGCCAGCGACGCAAGUGGGAACAACAUGGGCCUUUCCCAGAGCCUGAAGGAAACUGGAAGUUUGAGAGUUGGCGGUGGGGUGAGAGGCGGUGGUAGUAUAGGAGCUAAGGAUGAUUCAGCCGUUGCGAGACAGAGUGUUGCUGAGAGGGGGAGGGAGAGGGAGAGAGGCGGGGACUUGUAUGCUCUGUUAAUGGGGAUUUGGAGGGAGGGGGAGUUGUUAGUUUCUAGGGAGUGAGAUGUGCUGUUGCCUUGAUGAGUGGGUAGAUGAAUGGGUGGGUUUUCUUUUGUCCUUUUACCACUACAUUAUUAUCAUAAAGCUUGUCGUAGUCUUUGCUUCAUUUCCUUCCCUUUUCUCUUUAUCAUGUGAUCAUUCAUCCUUUCCUGAUUUUGAUGUAAUUACUCUUUCUUUCUCUCUCCCUUUCUUUUCUUGUCGUUUGAUUGGUAUGGGGGUCUCUUCUUGUCUCGCUAUGUACCUUUGUUUUAUUCUUCGUACUGGCACAGGUGUAAAUUAAAUUAGGUGGUAACUAUCCUUUUCUUUUUA